AUGGAUGCUUCUUCUGAUCGAAGAUUGGAUGAGUUGAUCAAGUUUCGGUUACUAUUGGGAAAAUCUGGUGGUUUCGAUGUUGAGCACUUGAUGAAAGAUAAACCAAGCUCUUAUUUGAUGUAUCUUCAUGAUAAUGGUGAUUACUCCACCGAAAUCCUUGUCUAUGCUAAGAUUGGGAUCCAUAGGUACAAUAUGACACAUGGGAAAAACUUGCAGCUCGUUUCCGUGGAGAAAUACAAUUUUCAACCUACACCAGUCUAUUCAUGUUACUAUAUAACCUUGGUUGCAAAAGAUCCAGAUUCUGGUGGUUCCCUUGUACCUUUUCAAGCCCAAGUUGUUGAAGAGCUCUAUGAAAUCAACAAGACACUCUCUUGUUAUAUUGCUAGACCCAAGUUUCAACCAAAAGAAGUGGAAAAACCACCCGUGAAUCAAGAACCGGUAGAUAAAUCCAUAUUGCCUGAGUGGCCGUCAGAGAAUGCUUUCCACGAUAAAAGUCGAUAUUACUUGGUGAAGAAAUCAGAGCUGCAAAAAUAUGACUGGAUUCGUCUAUACAUGAAACUUGCAUUCCUCAAAGCAAAUACCAAGAUUAAGAAGCCUAAGCUGUCAAGAUUGGUCAUUGUGAAGGUAGCCGUAGAAACUGACGAAAAUGUGGAGCGGCCAAAUGAGAGACUUAAUGCCAGAAAUGCAACCUUGUACAUUAAGUACAAGUAUAGAGGUCCGAAUAAAGGUCGAGCUGGUGUUUGCAAGGCUCCCCGUUAUCGCUUUGCUAUAGUAAGAAGAUCCAUAAACAAGAAUACGGGACUCCUUAAACUCAUGUUUGACAAUUGUUUAGAAUAA